GGAUUUCAGGAGCUAGUGCCCCUUUAAGUCGCUUGGCCUCACUGUGUAUAUAUAGUCUCCACUCAAUUCGCCCCACGGCAUCAUUGUUCGAUUCUGUAUUCAAAGUCAUGAGUGCGCCCUCAAUGAGUUAUGUUUUGUAGUUGGCUAGAAUCCAAUCUGACUUUGACAAUCACACGGCUACUUCCGCCUUGUAUGGCGUUCUCAGCAUUUGAUACCUAUCCACCAUCCGAUCAGCACUGCAAACGUUGGAUCGGGACCGACAAUUAAUUGUUAUUAAGGAGGGACCUACCCAUGCCAAUUUGAGGAACACGGUACGUUGGAAGGACAAGCCAGCACCCAAUCAAACAUUGACGAAGAAGCUGUCUACCGGUGACUUUGUGUCAAUGUGAAGGACAAUAAUUAAUUGGCCUUUCAAAGAAUUGGUGGGGUGGGCAACUGGCCGUUUGAUUCUCCCCAAACUAACGCGAAUCCAGUAUAUGUGACUGCACCACUGCUAAAGUUAUCUGUUUGAGUCUUAUUGACAGAACUGGGCAUCACAGUGUUGCAAUGACUCUUAGAAAGAGCUUCCUGAUUUUAGCGGUAGUAGUUAUAAGCAAUGUCAUUCUCCUGGUGUUCGUCCUUCCCAGUCGCUAUAACUUUGCAUGGCAUCGAUGUCUUACCACGGCUCAUCAGCCGAUAAAAUGUAAUUGCACAGACAGUGUGAAGGACACAAUUGUUAACUCCCACGAGUAUAAACUCCUCAUAAAUGAACCUCAAGCUUGCUACGAUACUGCAGGUUCCCCCAGGGAAGUGUUCUUGCUGGUGUUCAUCGCAACAAUUCACGCGCACACCGAACAGCGACAGGCGAUUCGCGAGACCUGGGGAAGCCCACGAGACGUCAGAGGAAAACAGAUCGUCACACUGUUCCUGUUGGCUCAAAACAAGGACGCUGCUCUUCAGCAGCAGGUGGAGAAGGAGUCCAGCAAACACCACGAUCUCCUCCAGGAAGAUUUUCAAGACACCUACAAGAACCUGACACUCAAGACCAUUAUGGGUAUGAAGUGGGUCAGUACACACUGCCGCCACGCCUCCUACGUUAUGAAGACAGAUGACGACAUGUACGUCAGCUAUGACAACCUCGUCAAACACCUGACCGACGCAACAACACUGUCAACAAAUUAUGCGGUGGGGCGUCUCCACAAAAAUAUCUUCCCUAUUCGGGACCCAAAAAGCAGGUGGUAUAUGUCGAAGGAAUUGUAUCCUGGACGCAUGUACCCGCCAUACCUCUCUGGAGCAGGAUACGUGGUCACUGGGGAUUUAGCCGGGAAGAUUUACCAAACGUCUUUGAAACUUCAAUACCUGCACAUCGAGGACGUUUUUGUAGGUGAAUGCUUGAAAUCAUUGAAUACUAUGCCAAAGGAUAACAGUCAGUUUACAUGUUGGUCAAACACUGAGUAUUCGUACUGCGAUUCACAUCGGAUGAUCACCAUGCACAAUUUCUCUUCAUCACGUAUGCGUAAGUUAUGGAGCGACCAUCAACGCCAAACUAAAUGCUAAAAUGAAACGGACUGAGUUACAUCUUGAAAGUUUUAUUUUACAUUCGUUUGGCUUUGUUCUUGCGUUAAAAAUGAAUUUGUAAGAGCUAACAGUGGCCUGUCAGUGACAUUAUUAAAUUUAGUUUAAAACAUUAGGUGUCCAAGGGCGGAUCCAGGGGG